AUGCCCCCUCCGUCUCGACCCGGCGCCGUCGGCCGCGCAAGCAUACGAGCUGGAUCAGUAACGCGCGCCCCCAGCGUCAGGCCUCCGAGCGCCGCCACUGUGUCAUCUCGAUCCGACAGGUCUGGUGCUGCCUCUCGCACAGAAUCUGCUCCGUCCACCAGGGCAUCUCCGGCUGCAGGCAUGAAGCGCAAAGAACGCGAUUUCGAGGCGGACUUCAAUGUUGAGACAAAUAUCAAUGUCGUCGUACGAUGCAGAGGCCGGAGUGAGCGCGAGGUGGAGGAGAACAGCGCCCUUGUCGUCAAGACAAAUGGUGUCAUGGGCCAGCAUGUCGAGUUGUCCAUGGGUUCGAAUGCGCUGAGCAACAAGACUUACGCCUUUGACCGGGUCUUCUCUCAGGCGGCAGAUCAAUCAAUGGUCUUCGACGAUGUAGUCAAGCCCAUUUUGAGUGAUAUGCUUGCUGGCUUCAACUGCACCAUUUUUGCCUAUGGCCAGACCGGUACUGGCAAGACCUAUACCAUGUCUGGUGAUAUGACUGAAUCAUUAGGCCUCCUCGCCCCUGAGGCUGGUAUUAUCCCGCGUGUAUUGCAAUCUCUGUUUAACAAGCUCGAUUCAGACGGUACCGAGAACUGUGUUCGAUGCUCAUUCAUCGAGCUUUACAAUGAGGAGCUACGCGACUUGCUCACCCCGGACGAGAACGCAAAAUUGAAGAUCUUCGACGACCUGUCAAAGAAGGGCCACAUGUCAACAAUGGUUCAAGGCGUGGAGGAGCGACACAUCACCAACGCUGCAGAAGGUAUCGCGCGAUUACAGGAAGGAAGUUUGAGGCGCCAAGUCGCCGCGACUAAGUGCAACGACCUGAGUAGUCGGAGUCAUACCGUCUUUACCAUCACAGUCCAUGCCAAGCGGCCAGGCGGCAGCGGUGAAGACUUCAUCAGCCUUGGGAAGCUCAACCUCGUUGAUCUUGCUGGAAGCGAGAAUAUCCAACGAUCCGGAGCGGAGAACAAGCGUGCGGCAGAAGCAGGCCUGAUCAAUAAGAGCUUGCUGACACUGGGCCGUGUGAUCAAUGCUCUUGUUGACAAAAGCGCUCACAUCCCAUACCGAGAGUCCAAACUUACUCGACUCUUGCAGGAUUCUCUCGGUGGAAGGACCAAAACCUGCAUUAUUGCGACCAUUUCACCAACCAAAAGCAACCUUGAGGAGACCAUCUCGACAAUGGAUUAUGCAUUCCGGGCAAAGAACAUCAGAAACAAGCCCCAGGUCAAUACUCUCAUCAACAAGAAGGCAUUGUUGAAGGAGUUUACGGCCGAGAUCGAGAAGCUCAAGACCGAAUUGAUCGCUACACGAUUACGCAAUGGUGUACAUCUCACAAAUGAGGCUUACGAGGAGAUGACGGCUCAGAGCGAGUCACGCCGUAUUCUCGCCGAUGAGCAAGCUGCCAAGAUUGUGACCCUGGAGUCAAACCUGCGCAAUAAAGUGCAAGAGCUCUUCUCCUUGACAUCGAGCUUUAUGGGACUCAAAAAGGAGCACGAGGGCACAAAAGCGCAGCUUGACGAGACGCAAGGCGUUCUUGACCAGACAGAACUCGUUCUAGCAGCCACGCGGAAGACGCUUGCCGAGGAAUCCCAACUCCGCGAAGCCCACCAGAAGACGGAGGAAAAGCUUGCGACCAUGGGAGGAGAGCUUAUCUCGACCCUCAAAAAGACGGUCGGUGAUGUGAGCGGCCUUCGAGCCAAGAACAAGAGGAAGUCGGAUUUGCAGGACCUGAACCGAAGCACAUGGACUAUGUCGCAGUCUCAGGUCUCAGACGUCACCGAGCUCGUUGAGAGCCGUGUUCAAGAGUUUCGGAACGACCAAGAAAGCCACAUCUACGGCGUCUCCCAGAGAAUGCAAGACUUCGUCCGGGAGGAGCUGCAGAAGUUGUCAGCUACUCAGGCCUUCCUCGACGAGAAUCUUGAAAAGUUCGUGGCAUCGAGGGAUGACCUCGUGGAGCAAAGGCAGCAGUCUAAAGAUGACAUGGACAAUGUCUUGGAAGAGAUCAAGGUUGUCAGGGACAACAUCAAGGAGAGAGUGGGGGAAAGCCUCCAGGCCAUCGCCGCAGCUGCUGAGAGAAUAGCCGCCGAUGUGAUGAGUGAGCUGGAUACAUUCCACUCUCACCUUCAUACAUCCUAUAGCUCUCUUGGCAAGGAUUUCAAAUCCAUCUUCGAAGACUUGCUUCGUCACAUUAGUGUUCAGCGAAGCGAGUCCGAUUCCUUGAGGAGGCAGUUGGAGGAUGCAAGCCAGACCAUGGUGCAAUCGAAUGAGUCUACUUCAGCACAAAUCGAGACGGUCGUCAACGAGGAGAGGAGACAAGCGGCGGAAGAUCGACAGCAGCUCCUAGCACAGAUCACAACACUAAUCAAUGCUCACGCUGAGCAGCAAGAGACUCGUUUAGCUGGCAAGGCUACCAGGAUACAAGAUCGUGUCAAUGGCGCCACCGAGAUCUUCGGCGGACAAAUCACGGCCUACUCAACGGGCAUGGACGCAUGGGACGCAAUGGAGGAGAAAUUGAUACAGGAUGUCUCCCAGUCCCGAGACGAAUUGAAGUUGAAGCUCAAGGACGAUUGGACCACGGCGAAUGACCACAGCACUUCUAUCCAGAACACGACCAAAUCAGUACAUGCCGAGACGGUUCGUGUGGUGGAUGAGCAGAUGAAAGACUUGGACGCGCAGAUGACAGACCUCGAUGACUUCGUGACUCGAGCUAGGUCAGAAAAUGCUUCACACCAUGCACAACACUCAACUUCCAUGGCCAAGUUGUCGGAUACAGUUGGGGCUUCUUUCUCCAACAUAUCGUCUCACUACAAGGGGACCUUCGACAGAGUGCACGAACUCGGGGAGAAGAUGGGCGCGGAAAUCGAGAACCUCCAGGAAGACUUGCAGCCCCUUGACGACAGCCUUUGCCAGCCUCUAAGCAAACUACGGGAAGACAUCUCGAGUACCGUUCUCCGCGAAUACGAGCCCACUGGGGAGACACCUAAGAGGGUUGAAUACCACUAUCCUACGCAGCUGCCUCGAACUGCCGCUCACGAUGUUCUCAUCGCUGGGAUUCCUGAUUCUCAUCUACAAACUCCAAGCCGGCCAACAGCCACGCCGAGCAAGGCUACACCUGCUCACCUUAUCUUCAGCGAUCUCGAUACAUCUGAACAGGCUAGGUCUCCGUCUCGGCCGACGUCCUCGGACUCUGCCACCAAUCCAUUGAGCCAGAGUCUACGGGAGGUCAACGCGAAUCUCACCACCAGCGCGCUGGUAUUUGACCCAACUUCAAGUACAAUGUCCGCCCUUCCUCCCGCCGACGAGAACACAAUACCUAUUGUCAAGAAGAGCACGUCAAGGAUCCCUUCUAAGCAGAUCAAAAAGGUCCACCUGGACGGCGUUGAAAACAUGCCACCAUCAGAGUUCUCCCAAAGUGCACGAAGACGGAAGAGCCCGCGAAUGCACUGA